GCAUUGGGGAUCAUCAUCACCAUCAUACACCAGGGUUCCGACUGACCAGAUCGUGACAGCAGGGGGACUUGCUGACUUCCUUCAUCUGACAGCAUCCACUGAUUGACAAGGUGAAAAAUGUCGCAGCUUCAUUGAUCUGGCCCCAGCAUCAGAGAAAGGGGUCCUGUGGCUGUCGGUGGUCUCCGAGGUGCUCUACAUCCUCCUGCUGGUGGUGGGCUUCAGCCUCAUGUGUCUCGAGCUCUUCCACUCCAGCAAUGUCAUCGACGGGCUCAAGCUCAACGCCUUCGCAGCCGUCUUCACGGUGCUGUCAGGCCUCCUGGGAAUGGUAGCCCACAUGAUGUACACGCAGGUGUUCCAGGUCACCGUGAGUCUCGGCCCUGAAGACUGGAGACCGCAUUCCUGGGACUACGGGUGGUCCUUCUGCCUGGCGUGGGGCUCCUUUACCUGCUGCAUGGCAGCCUCUGUCACCACGCUCAACUCCUACACCAAGACGGUCAUUGAGUUCCGGCACAAGCGCAAGGUCUUUGAGCAGGGCUACCGGGAGGAGCCGACCUUCAUAGACCCUGAGGCCAUCAAGUACUUCCGGGAGAGGAUGGAGAAAGGGGAUGGGAACGAGGAGGAGGACCUUCGCCUGGACUGCCGCCACGGGAGGUACCCUGCCCGACACCAGCCACAUAUGGGAGAUUCCUGGCCCCGGAGCUCUGCACAGGAGGCCCCAGAGCUGAACCGCCAGUGCUGGGUCCUGGGGCACUGGGUGUGAUAGUGACCCAGCCUGACUCCAGACCCCAAGCCGUCAUCGGCACCAGCCCCCUGCCACAAGACCACUGGUCUGGUGUCUUCAGAAACCCGGCCUGUGUGCUGUGAACUCAGCCAGCCUGCGUGGGAGACACGUGGCCUGCCCUGCCCAUCGCUGCCUGAGUCUCAGGGUCCUGGAAUUGGGGCCAGGGUGGCCCGAGGGAUCGCACAGGGCUGCACAGUGUGACUUUGGGACAGCAACUCCUAACUCCUGCCACCGUCACAUGCAAAACCCUGCUGGGUGCAGCUGGGAUGCAGGGGGAAGACAUGGACAUCAGCCGCUGAAAGCCUGGGACCCAUGAGCCAGCCAGAAAGUUCAGGAGGUCCCCAGCCUGCAGAGCCCUGUGGGGGGCAGGGGCGGGGGAAUGGGCGGGGCUUCCUGCAGGGGGUCACACAGCAGGCACACAGCAGGGGCGCAAUAAAUGCUUGUUGAACCUGUUUUCUUGCUGUGUGUAGAGGCCAGUUGCUCUCUGGGCUGUGGCUUCCUCCUCAUGGCCCCCCCCAUACCAGGUCCUCAAGGAGCCUGCAGGUGAGACAGCUCAGAGUGUGCAGGGCUCAAGGCCAGACACUGAAGUCCAGGAGGGGGGAUGGAGGGAACCUGGAGCCGAGGCUGUGUCUGGGGACGGGCUGGGUCAAGAUAGAGCCUGGCUGACAAGCUGCCUUGACUUCCAGAGGGCGGACAAGGUGGGGGCCCAGGCAGGCAAGAGACAGGUCCUCAAACCCAGGCCCUAAGCCACCCAGACCCCGUGGGGACCCUUUACCCUAGAGCCACAUUUAUAUCAAAUCUUAGGGCUUAGAUGCCUGGGGAAACAGAUUACUAUCAUGAAGAUGAAGGAACUUAGGGUCAGAGAGAUGAAGGAACUUACCCGAGAUCACAGAGCUAGCAGCAGGCAGAGUUGGGGGUUUGAACCAGGACCUCUGACUCUAAGAAGCCUUAUCCUUUCCCAGAGGGAUUUCUAGAGUUUUCCCCCAAGUAGAGAAUGUCCUUCAUUUUUUCCAUAAACACACCAUCCAUCAUCCAUCCAUUCAUCCAUCCAUCACCCAUCCAUCAUCCAUUCGCUCAUCUAUCCAUCAUCCAUCCUUCCAUCAUCCAUAUUCCAUCAUCCACCCAUCAGUCAUUAUCCUUCCUUGUAUCAGACACCCAUUCGGAUCCUUUCAUGCAUCACCCAUCCUCAUUAUUCAGCCAUCCAUCUGUGCCCCCAUCUAUCCGACGGUAUAACUCAGUGUGCCCCUACUAUGUGCCGAGCACUGUGGUAGGCCCUCGAGACGGGAUACUGAACCCUCCAGAGGGGGUGCCUGUCCUCUCAGAGCUCUCAGGUGGGCAGGACGCGUAACUAGACAGACGAUGAUAGUAGAACAUGCGAAGUACUCUGGGGCCAGGCGGCCUGGGGUCAGAUUCUGGCUUCUCUACUUGAGACGUCGGGCAAAUUCCCUGACCUCUCUGUGCCUCACCCCCAUGGGCGCGUGGGGAUCGUCAGUACACCUGCCUCUUACAGCCGUUCUGAGGGUUGAACAGGCUAAUGUAUGCGAAGCAUUGGGAACAGAAAGCCCUGUCAGUGUUUGCUGUCACCUCAGUGAGGGGAGGUGGGCGGGCUGUGGAAGCCCAAAAGCAGCGCUUGCUUUGUGGGGUGGGUCAUAGGAGGCUCCUUUGGGAAAAAUGACAUUUAAGCCAAGACAGAAAGGUUGUCUAGAUGUCAGGCAGGCAAGAGGGUAGAGGGGAAGAAAGUUGGGACCAUUCGAGGAAUUUAAAAUGGUCUAGAUGGCAGGUGUGGAGAGAAGGGAGGGCAGCAGGGGGUGGUGAGAAGUCAGGCCGCGGAGGUGGCGGAGCCAGAGGGACUUGAAGCUUCCUUGGGAAGCGUAGACUUCAUCCCGGGGCUGGUGGCAACCAGGGCUGCUUUCAGCAGAGACUCACCCAGCUAUGUAUUCCAGGAAGGUCCUUGCAGCUCUGGGCUGAGAACAGAUGCAGGGGGACGGCUCCCCUCCUCGUUCUCACCACACUUGAAGGGAGAGAAGAGGGUGGGCUGCUUCAGCACAGUGGCCCUGGGGUGGGACAGUGAGGGCAGAUGCAGGAGGGAAAACAGGCUGGUGUGGGACGAGAGAAAAGCUAGCGAUGACCCUCAGGUUGUAGGCUGGGGCCUGAAGGAAGGGGUUCAAAUGUCUGGAGUCUCAGAUGCCCGGGGGAUACCCAGGUAGAGGUAUGUGUUCAUUCGUUCAUUCAUGCAUCUGUUAAUAAAGCAGUGAUUCGUUCAUCCAUUUUCCAUUCAUUCAGUAAAUACUGCAGACCUGCUGUGUGGAGCGGGACUCGGCCUGGCAGAGAGACUGGGGCGCAAAUAAAGAGGCUUGGAACAUCAGGACAAAGAGGUCAGGCUUCGGCCUCUGGGCAAGAAGAAACCAACAGAGACAUGAGGCUGGGCAGAGACGUGUCCUAUAGGAACCUGGCCCGGGGCGUCUGGGAGCCCUUUCUUCUCACCUAGGAUCCUUCUGAAAGUCACCAGUGGACCACAGAGGUCCAAGAGAUACACACGGGCAAAAUUUUAAUCUAUUUUAAUAGUUGUGUUUAUGUAAAUGUGUAUUAGGAAAAAAAUGUAUAAUGGGCCCAUCAGUGCCGUGAUUUCACAGGCAUUAUUGCUUAGGAUAAAACCAAAAUAGGCAUUUAAGUUAAAAGAAAAAGGGUUGGCUUAAAGAAAAAUAUUAAAUAAAUAA